CCGAAUCCCCUCGCUGAUCCCGCAGCCCCCCCACUUCCUCCCACGUGAGCGCCUGAUUUGGGGCGGGGGGAGAGAAGGAGGCGCUGCUGUGCUGCUCGUUCCGCGACUCCCCAUAGUUUGGACCCUCUCCGCUUCCCGUCCGCCUGAGGGUGACCGAGCGGCAGAGAGCAGGUGGCGCUCCAGAAGGUGGUGGCGGGGCACGGUCGUUGCGGCACCCGCCUCCCUUCCUCCCCUUCAUAAGAUGGCGGCGUGUCCUCCUCCUUCUCAGCAGUUCUGCGUGGCCGAGGAACGGAGCGGCCACUGCGCCGUGGUGGAUGGGAACUUUCUCUAUGUGUGGGGGGGAUACGUGUCAAUUGAAGAGAAUGAAGUGUAUUUGCCUAAUGAUGAGCUUUGGCUCUAUGAAAUUGAUAGUGGGUUAUGGACAAUGCACCUAAUGGAAGGAGAGCUACCUACUUCUAUGUCAGGAAGUUGUGGAGCUUGCAUUAAUGGGAAGCUGUAUAUAUUUGGCGGAUUUGAUGAUAAAGGAUACAGUAAUCGGCUGUAUUAUGUUAAUUUGCGAACAAGAAAUGGAACCUAUAAAUGGAAAAAAAUUACAGACUUUAAAGGUCAACCUCCUACACCACGUGACAAGCUUUCCUGUUGGGUGUAUAAGGACAGAUUAAUAUAUUUUGGUGGUUAUGGAUGUAGGAAACACAAUGAACUGAGUGAUUGUUUUGAUGUUCAUGAUGCAUUUUGGGAAGGGCAGAUAUUUUGGGGAUGGCAUAACGAUGUUCAUGCUUUUGAUACAAACACACAAACUUGGUUUCAACCAACAAUUAGAGGUGGAGUUCCACCUCAGCCUCGAGCAGCUCAUACGUGUGCUGUGCUAGGAAAUAAGGGUUACAUCUUUGGAGGACGAGUGCUGCAAACUAGAAUGAGUGAUUUGCACUGUCUGAAUUUAGACACUUGGAUUUGGUCUGGAAGAAUUCAUAUUAGUGGAGAGAAACCAAAAGAUCGAUCAUGGCACACUUUGACUCCUAUAGCAGAUGAUAAACUUUUCCUAUUUGGUGGACUGAGUUCAGAUAAUGUUCCUCUAAGUGAUGGUUGGAUUCAUAGUGUCACAACAAAUGGAUGGAAACAACUUACCCACUUACCUAAGAGUAGGCCUAGGUUGUGGCACACAGCCUGUCUUGGCACAGAAGGAGAAGUGAUGAUCUUUGGUGGGAGCAAAGAUGACUUGCAUUUCUUGGACACAGGUCACUGCAGUGAUUUAUUGAUUUUUCAAACUCAACCUUACUCACUUCUCAGAUUGUGCCUUGACUGCAUUGGUAAAAAUGCCAGCCUUUUAAAGAAUCAAAUAUCCUGGUUACCAUCCAAAAUUUUGCCACAAGUGUUGAAAAAAAUAACCUUUUGGGCUGCAGCUAACCAUCGGCAAGAGAAAAAAGCUGAAAUUGAAAGACAAGAGCAAAUAAAUGUCACCUGA